CAAUCCGGUCCUCCCACCACAAAAAACUCGACCGACGAACAAUAUUACACUCAGGUCCACGUCGCCGGCGCGGCCAUGCCCAUGGCCUUCCUUUUAGGUUUCCUCCUCGGCCUCCUGUCGCUGCUGGCGCUGGAGGUGGCGGCGGUACUAUUUCUCAUCCGCCGUCUCCGCCGCAGGCAGGAGGCGGAGGGCUCGCCCCCACCGCCGGACGCCGACGAACUGCCCGGCGAACGCCCGUUCCCGUAUGAGAAGCAGGGUUUUCUGUGGAUACUAGAGCCAGAAAAAAUACCGAAGGCUACUAAUGAACGUUCAUCGAUUGGAGGUCCCAAAGAGACGAAGGACAAAAAGAAUAUCGUGGAGGUUUUCCCUGCAAAGAAGUUGGCUAAAAUCAAGGGACACUCACUUACUUUGUCUGGUCCUGAUGGCUCCCAGGCAACCAUUGAGCUUCUGAAUUGCGCGGUCCUUGCUGUUUCUGCAUCAAGUAUGCCCUCGCGUAAAUGGGCUAAGAGGUAUCCCAUAAAAUUAGAAAGCAAGGAAUGUGACAUUUAUAAUGGAAGCAAGGUGUGCUAUCUUUAUACUGACACUUCCUGGGAGAAGGAAUCAUGGUGUAAAGCACUUCGUAUUGCAGCUACUGCCGACAAAGAGAAAUUGAACUGGCAUGCUAAGCUGAGUGAAGAGUUCCUUAAUUACAUAUCAUCGUUGAAUUCCGAAUACCCAUGUUUCUUAAAGCCCCCAGUAUUGUCCGGUGAGGACCAUGAGGCUAUGGGCAGGAUAGUAAAGACUGAUGGAUCUUCAAAAGUCCGUCUUUUCCUCAAGAAGUUGGCAAAGAAGGCAUCCACAAAGGCUCCCUUAGAGGGUAAAACAAGUUUGGGCUCGUCAGUGCAGGGAGAAAAAAGGAUACUUGAUAAACUACGCAGCUAUCAGGGUACACCAUUUAUUGAAGCAUUAAUAGGUCCACAAGGGGACAAGUCCGGCAGCACUUCAUUGCAAGAUACAGUGAAAGCCACUGCCCCAGCUGCUGCUUUGAGCCACACUGAUCAGCUUUCAGCUUCACCUGAUGUAAAUGCAGAUGAUCGAGUUGCCGAUGAAGGCACACUUUGUUGGAACCUACUAUCUUCACGGUUGUUUUUCGAUGCUAAAAUGAGUGAUGAGAUAAACAAGGCCAUCAAAGCACGUAUUCAGAGAACACUGUCAAAUAUGAGGACCCCUGCUUACAUGGGUGAAAUUACACUAGCUGACUUCAGUCUUGGAAAACUUCCACCUUAUGUACAUGCGAUGAGAGUCCUUCCACUGGAUUUGAAUGAGUUGUGGGCCUUUGAAGUUGAUUUUGAAUAUUCGAGUGGAAUACUGUUGAAUGUUGAAACAAGGCUCGAGGUUCAGGAACCUGAAUUGCAAAAGGACAUAAUGAAAACUGGCUUUGGAGCAGACUCUGAUGGAGAAGUUAAUUCAGAUUUUCUUGAGAGUAUUGAACAGUAUGGUAACCAAUUUAGAGAUUCACAAAACUCAGUUUCUUCAGCGGAGGAAAAAGAUGAAGCAGAUGCAUCAAGUCAGUUAAAGAGCACUGGAUGGACAUCUGCUUAUGUUUCAAGAUGGAAAAAUAUAUUGCAUUCAAUAGCCGAUCAUGUCUCACAGGUUCCACUUUCUCUGGCGAUAAGAAUUUCAUCUGUCCGAGGUGUCUUGCGAAUACACCUGAAGCCCCCUCCUUCUGAUCAAAUUUGGUAUGGAUUUACGUCAAUGCCUGAUCUAGAGUGGGAGUUGGAAUCUUCUAUUGGGGAUAGGAAAAUCAGCAACAGUCAUAUCGCUACACUUAUCGGUAGCAGAUUCAAGGCUUCGCUUCGUGAUAGCUUAGUACUUCCAAACUGUGAAAGCAUUCCCAUGCCAUGGAUGUUGGCAGAAAAGGAUGACUGGGUACCACGCAAGGAUGCGCCUUUUAUUUGGCUCAAUCACGAGCCCACUGAGAUCAGAAGCCAUGCUGCAGUAAUAGUGUCAACCCAGCCUGAGGAAUCUGGUGUGAAGGAUGAUGCUAGUAACAAAGACGCGACACUUUGUUUGCCCAAUUCGUCAGCUGGGAGCGAGGAAUCACUGAAAACAGUGGCAUCCAUUGAUGAGCCAAAACAAGAGCCUGUGGCAGAAGCAUCACAUAUGCAGUCUUGGUCGCCUCCAGCUAGCGAACCUUCCCAUAUGGAUGCAAACGACGAGCUGAGGAAGCCACUGUUGCUCACAGAAAAGCUUCACGAAGAUGCUUCAGAAAGCAGAGUUAGCUCACCCAUGUACACAUCUCUGGGGGCCGUGAUACCAGCAGGGGAGCAGCAGCAGCAGCCGUCAAAAUCCUCUGUUGCAGAGGAUGCCAAGCGUAAAAGCGGCAGACGAGCUCGGAUGAUGGAUUUUGGGAAGAGGAUGGGAGACAAGCUGGAAGAGAAGAGACGAACUAUCGAAGAGAAAGGGAGGCAUAUCGUGGAAAAGAUGCGAGAAAAUGCUAGGACGAACAGCAUGGAGAGGACUAGUAGUUAGUUUGGGAUUUAGGAUCAGCUGCGGCAGAGUGCACUUAGACUUAUCUUCGUUUUUCCCCCUUGGUUCAUUGCUUGCGAAAUUGUGUACAGCUUGAACACGUAUGCUUUGUAGAGUGCUGCUGCUCUUAUCAACAUUUACGAUUUCACGACAGCUGAGCCUGAACCUGAUUGAUGUGGCAAAUGUGCAUGGAUGGAUGACUGCACUUGCAGCUGCCUUUUAUAUGCAUCAGCCUGCUUGUGGAAUAUGAAAAGGAAAAGGAAAUACAGCCAUCCAGGGCGGGGUCCAUCUCGGCGGCUGGUGUCAGGAGGCGGAAAUGAUAGCGCGGCCCGUGACAAUAGCCUAAGCAAUGGGCAUGAUUGGUUGUCCAAAACUGAGAGACUGUUUAGCUAGUUAUAUAUGUCUAGAUGUGUUGGGUUGAGUUUCUAUUUGUUUGAUUAAAUAUAAGGUCAUAUAAGUGCAUGUAAGAGUUAUAUGUGAUUAGUUGAUCACAUGAAAUUGAUUUUGUGAUAUUAAUAAGUAUGCUUCUCUA